CACAGCAGAGAGUUCAUUUCUGCUGCGUUGCUGCGUGACUUAACAUCUCAGAGACUCACACAUUGAUCUGAAUGAUGAAAAUAGACAUUAACUUUACUGAUGAUGAAAGCAGGGUAGGGAGCAUAUUAGAUUAUUUCUCUGACACAUAUUUUGCCAAUGACAGUGAUUACUGUUGUGAAGAUGGUGAUAUUUGUGACCUGAAUGAGAGUGCGAGUUUUGAGGCAGUGUUCAUCCCAGUUCUGUACUCGAUCGCGUUCGUUGUGGGUGUCCUCGGAAAUGGAGUGCUGCUGGCAGUACUGUUUCAGAGCAGGAGAUCCUGGAGCGUGACAGACACCUUCAUCCUUCACCUGGGCUUGGCAGAUGUGCUGCUGCUGGUGACACUGCCUCUCUGGGCUGCCCAGUCUGCUCAAGGGAAUGGAUGGGAAUUUGGCGCCCCCCUCUGCAAGAUUACUGGAACAGUUUACACGAUCAACUUCUACUGCGGGAUCUUUCUCCUGGCCUGCAUCAGUCUGGAUCGCUACCUGUCCAUCGUCCAUGCAACCCAGAUGUAUUCUCGCAGAAAGUCCUGGGUUGUUCAUGCCAGCUGCAUUGUGGUGUGGUUUUUUUCUCUGCUCCUCUCUAUCCCUGACUGGAUCUUCUUAGAUGUUACAUUCAACAACAGACAAAACAGAUAUUAUUGUGUUAGAGAUUAUUCUAAAGUCAGCACAGAUGUGAUAGAUGACUGGCAACUAGCAUCACGCCUGCUCUACCACAUAAUAGGCUUUCUGCUUCCUUCUGCUGUCCUCAUCUUCUGCUACUCCCGUAUCCUGCACCGCUUGCGUGGUGGCAACCAGGGCCUCCAAAAGCAGCGAGCUUUCAAAGUCAUUAUAUCCUUAGUAGUAGUUUUCUUUCUCUGCUGGACGCCAUACAAUAUCACACUCAUGGCGGACACAUUUAAUCAAAACAACAGCACUAAUGCCUGUGACACCAGAACAAAUCUGGAAAAAGCAAAGACUGUGACUUUUUCCUUGGGUUACCUUCACUGCAGCCUUAACCCAGUUCUGUACGCCUUUGUAGGUGUGAAGUUCCGGCGCAAGCUGCUGGACAUCCUGGGGUCACUGGGCUGCAAGAUUAAAACUAAUAUCAAUUUUCAAUCUGUUCUCAGCACCAAGAGAAGCUCCAUUUGGUCUGAUUCCAUCGUUACCUCCAACUCUGUUGCAGUCUGAAAAAUACAGCAAUGUGUUCACAAGCUUUGAAAGUGACAAACUGUUGCACCUGCACUUCUUUUUUUCUGAGAAUAAGGCAGUAUAAAUAACUCAGGACAAAAUGUUAUGAUUAUGACUUUGUCAUUUUACUAUGUAUAUACUGUAUAUAUACAUUUUUUACUGUAUAUAUACAUUUUUUUAAGCAGGAAAAUAUUGAAUUGAGUUUUUUUUUAUGAAAUGCAUUUUUUUCCUAAGUAAUAAGCAAGUGUUUUUUUUUCUAUACUCAUUAAACAGAUUGCAGUAAAUAAAUUAAUAGUUCUUUCUCUGUUUCUGUUUUCAAACAAUUAAAAUGCAUCAAGUAGCUGAGGCAUAGCGUCUGUUCUUUGUUCCUGUGUAGACCAGGAACUUUAACACAGACCACAAAGGUUCCGGUUGUUACUAGAAGUCUUUUGUUUUGAAACAUGUAGAUACAUGCAAAGAUUUUUUAAAGUCAACCGGAAAUUUUAAGAAAGAGCUGUAUUAUGUUAUAAUGUAUUUUUGUCAUUCUAAUAAGAAUCUUUUACAUUAAAAUGUGUUCACUUUCACAUGUGUUCAGUAUCUUGUUAUCUUGAUGACAUUUUUUCAUUUUAAUAAAAAAAGGUUUUCCUGGUA